CCACCAUCUUCAAAAAUAACAUAAACCGGAGCAUGCUGGUUAUGGUGGCUAGACUGGUUUAAACGAUCUGGUCUUAACAUCAAAACCGAGUUAAGAUCAGAUACAUACACACCAGACUAGCUACCCGACAAUUAAUUUCUUCCAUUUACACUCUUUGAGCCAAAAUGGAAGGGACCCGAUGUAAUCCAGUUGUUGUUCUAUAUUUCAUACUUGCUGCAAUUAUCCCAUCGUCGUCGACGUCGAUGUCUCAAAUUGCCGCCGUUGACAGGAGGUUGGUCGAUAAGAAAAAGAAUGGUUGCGUAGCCUACAACGCUAUCGACAAAUGCUGGAGGUGCGAUCCCAACUGGGCUAAGAACCGGAAACGCCUGGCUGAUUGCGCCAAAGGGUUUGGCCAUGGCACCUACGGCGGAAAAUUGGGGAGAAUUUAUGUUGUCAAUGAUUGCUCCGAUAACGACAUGGUUAAUCCUAAGCCGGGAACCCUCCGCCAUGCCGUCCUCCUGCCUGAACCACUCUGGAUCAUCUUCUCCGGUACUAUGAACAUCAAGCUCCGCCAGGAGCUUAUUUUUACUUGUGAUAAAACCAUCGAUGGCCGUGGUUUUGAAGUCCAUAUUUCCGGUGGAGCAGGGUUUAUGCUUCAAUUCGUUCGCAAUAUCAUUAUUCAUGGCGUCCACAUGUACGACAUUGUCGAGAAAUCCGGUGGCAUGAUCAGAUCGGAGCCAGACCACGUCGGUAUCCGUGGAAAAAGCGACGGCGAUGCGAUUUCCAUCUUCAAAUCGUCACAGAUCUGGGUCGAUCACUGCUCCUUUGCAAACAGUUACGACGGGCUUAUCGAUAUCGUUGCAGCUUCCACCAAUAUCACCAUCUCCAACUGCCAUUUUGUCAAGCACGACAAGGCUUUGCUUUUUGGUGCAAGUGCUGAGAUGCCGGAGGACAAGAUAAUGAAGGUGACCCUUGCGUACAACCAUUUCGGAAAAGGAUUGACACAGAGGCUGCCGGCGGUGAGAUUUGGGUUCGUUCAUGUGGUCAACAAUGACUACACACAAUGGAAGUCUUACGCCAUCGGAGGUGGCGACGGCGCCACCAUCAUCAGCCAGGGAAACCGAUUCAUCGCCCCAGAUGGUGCGUGUAAGGAGGUGACGAACAGGAGGCAGGUUCCAGAAUCGGUAUGGCGUAAGUGGACAUGGAGAAGUGAAGGAGACUUGUUGCUGAACGGAGCAUAUUUCCGGGAGUCAGGAAACCCGCAUUGGGCUAAAACCUACAAGGGUCCACCAUUGAUUCCGGCGCAACCGGCUGAGAGCGUCGCCAAACUCACCAAAUCUGUGGGUGCAUACCUUGGUUGCAAGCAAGUCAGCAACGAUCGAGCAUCGACUCCGGCAACUGGGAUUGCAACUAUCGAUUUCGGCGACCUGAAUACUGAAGCAAUCUUCCUCUUCGUCUCAGCAUGGCUACUAAUGAAGGUGUAAUUAAUGUGGAUGAUCAACAAGAAGAUGGAGUUGAAGUCCAAGGUGAAGGUGAUGUUGAAGAAGAAAAUAAUGCAAAACCUAAGUUACGGUCCAUUGUAUGGCAGCAUUUUCCAUAUGUUAAAGGCACAAAAAAAAAUCAGAAUGCACACAUUGUAAAAAGGUUUUAGCUUGUGGCACUAGAGAGAAUGGAACCUCCUCAUUACUCAGUCAUCUAGUUAAUUCUUGUAGGCGCAGCCCCCUUUAUGAAGGUAAAGACAAAGAUGCAAAGAAACAAACAAAAUUAAGCUUUAAGCCAAAAGGUACCGAGGGGGUGGGUCUUUGGCUAAGCAUUCCUUCAGCCAAGAGAAGUGUAGAUUGGCCCCUUGCCAAAAUGUGCAUUAAAGACAAUCGGCCGUUUAGCAUUGUUGAUGAUGAGGGUUUUAAGGAAUUUGUGUGGGAAUUAAAUCUGGAGUCUAAGAUGACAUCUAAAUGGACUGUAGCUUGAGACUGUAUAGAGAUUUAUAAAGAAGAAGCAAAAAAAGUUAAAGAGAUGUUGAAAGGCCAAACAGUGUGCCUAACUACGGAUACAUGGCCAACUGUUCAGAACGUGAAUUAUAUGUGUCUUACGGCUCAUUGGAUUGACGAUGCAUGGGUUUUACAAAAGAAAAUUCUAAACUUUUGCCCUAUAGAGAAUCAUAGGGGUGAAACCAUUGGGAGUUUGGUUUAUGAGUGCAUACAAAAGUGGGGGAUUGAAACCGUGUUUACUGUGACAGUGGAUAAUGCGUCUUUAAAUGACGGGGCUAUAAGAUAUUUGAAGAGGAUGUUGAAGGGACCGAAUGAUAUAUUAGAUUGUAAAUAUUUGCACCUCCGUUGUUUGAUUACGCAUCUGGCCGACUGUGAUAAAUGGUGAAAAGGACCAUUUUACCCCUCUGUUUUGUUUUGUUCUGAAUAAAAUCUGUUGGUUUGAGAAAAAAAAGUUAUAAGCUUUCUUAUAUUGGAC